AUGUUGCCCAUAAAACGCCAAAAGCAUGCGGAACAACGAAAGCAGCGCAACUUAAAAGCCUUGCAACCUGAAAGAGAAACGGCUCUAAUUCACAUAAUUCUGUUGAACAAGGCUUUUCGAGUGGUGGUGCUCCUCUUCCUCGCCGCAACAGUAAUUCCAGUUUUUGUGUAUCUUCUGGUGUUCUCGCGGGAAAUUGGACCGCUGGAAUAUGAUCGGAAUCAAGUGGGAACAUGUGGCCAUUUGAGCAGCUUGCAUGUACCUUGUGGCAUUUCGAAUAUCACUUCUCAGCAUUGUCUCGAGCGAGGUUGCUGCUACAGUCAAAGAGAUGAGUGCUACCACUCUUUGCCGUCAAGACACCAAUACUACAAUCCAUCUUACAUAACACCAAACUUAGCUAUGCAGCUUGAACCUCUGCGCUGGGUGACUCCACUCGGAGUUCCGGCACUUCCCCAUAUGCAGCUCGCCAUUGAAGCUAUAUCGGAUGCUAGAGCACGACUUCGUGUGUGGAAUCCGGGAGCAAGUCCCAUUCCCGUUGAUGCUGUGAAUGCUGAAUCACCCGAAGGUAAUUCCACGGAAUAUUCCUACCGUAUUUUCCAGCCAGUUGUUUAUGCGGAAUUCCGCCGGAAGAGCGAUGAUUCACUCCUGUUGACGACCUCACGUGGGCCGCUCAUCUCAGCACAGAAUUAUCUGGAGUGGAGCUUUUUUCUCGGCACCCACCAUCUCUUUGGUCUGGGUGAUUUGCACCUGCAGCCAGGCUUUAGAGUGGUCCUCCUGAAUAAUGAAACCACAAAUGCCGUCCCCUUUAUUCUCGCCCACAAUGCCACAACACAGACAUACCAUGGAAUCUACUUGAGUGCACCAUAUCCGGUUGAAGUGGAAAUAACAGAGAGCUAUUUAGUGAUUGUGAGAGCAAUUUUCAGCAUGUCGUUCCAUGUGGAAAUUCUGUGUGGUCCAACUAUUGGGCAUGUAAUGAGCCAGCUCUCUCAGGUGAUUGAACAUAUUCCAAUGCACUUACCUUCUUGGUUUUACGGUCUUCACAUUUGUGACACGAACGCCGAGAGAAACUUAACGGAGUCUUUGAGUGAGAUGCUGCACCUCCUUGAUGUUGCCCAGAUAGCGAGGCAACCUUUUGACACACAUUGCAUUAGAGAACACCUCUUGUGGUUGGACGACAACGACAAGGCUGUGGAGGAUGACAUAUCGAGUGGUGUGAAGAUGCUGCGGAAGAAUGGGAAGAAAUUCAUCGCUCCCGUGACUGCGCUCCUUGAGGUCAAUCGGAAGAGUGGGGCGUUCAGCAGAGCGCUGGACAGGGGAUUACUGAUGCGGCAUCCCACCAUCGACGAGCCCUAUAUUGGUCGCGUGGGAAAUUCAAGUGUAGCUUAUGUAGAUUGGCUGGGAGCCGAUGAAACUUCCUUGAGCGAGUGGCUCAAGGGUAUUUGGCCAACGAAUAUAUCCACAGAUGGAUAUCUGUUGCAAUCCAACUGGAUGCCUGACGAGAGUGAGGAGAGGAAAACUCCGAGGUCAUUUCCAUAUAUUUCUGAGGAUAUGAUUGAUGCCAGCAGAGGUACGACGCCGUGGCUCAUUCGUCAGGGUGACACGGCGGGUAAUGUCUCCAUUUUCUCACACAAUUGGGUCUCGUCGGCCCAAAUUUACGCACUACGGGACAUUUUGCCAAAUGACACGUUCAUCAUGAGUGAAAGUUCGCUGUUUGCAAAUGUGCCCAUCACUAGUCGCCAAACACCCUCCAGUUGGACUGAAUUGAGACAUCAGGUUCGUCGCACAAUGGGUCAAGGGAUUUCUGGAGUCCACUUUAGUUCGGCCAAUAUUUGCGGAGACGAUGAAACACUUUCUGAAGAAUUAUGCGUGCGGUGGUAUCAAUUUGCAUCGUUAUCACCCAUGUAUAGAGUGGCAUCGUCAAAGGCACCCAACAAGUUCAGCAGCUUUGCCGAGAGACUGAUAAAGGCAUCGACAUUGAGACGAUACUCACUCCUUUCAUACAUGCAGACGGUUGUGGCAAGUGGAAGACCUUUACUAACUCCCAUGUUUUACGAAUUCCCACAUCUAGUUAAUACAACAGUGAAUCUAACACAGCAAGUGCUUGUUGGUCCAUCGCUCCUCUUUGCUCCGGUCCUAUUACCGGGUGCUCUGCAUAUCAAUAUCUUUUGUCCGGCUGUGUACUACGAAAUCGAUGGUGGUCAAAAGCUGAUGGCCAACAAAUGGACCCAACUAUUUGUGGUGGAAGCAGAUGCGCCUCUGUUCAUCCGAUCGGGGCACAUUGUGCCCAUUCACAAAUCAAUGAAUGCUAUGUCAAUCACGGACGUGCAAACCAAUUCAAUUCAACUGCGUAUCGCUAUGGGUAUUGAGAAAAAUGGCAUAAUGACUGCGACAGGAGAAGUGAUUGUGGAGGAAGGACAGAGAGUCAUAUUUAAUGCCACUCUCAGGAUGCAAUGGUUUCAGUUUCAACUGACAUCUCACCCAAGUCUAUAUUGUUCCGGGAACUCGAGCAUCACCAUUGAGAGCGUGAAAAUUUACGGAACUGGAUUCUCAGAUAUUGGCAUUCAGACACUCUCCCGUGAUGUGAAUCAUGAUUUGUGCAAGGAUAAUUUGAAUUUCAUAACGACACUAACUCCAUCUGCCAAUCAAUAAAGCCGGGCCAUUGUCAGUGUCUUUAACACCUUGCAUUUUCAAUUUCCAGCUUUGACCUGGCGGAAAUGGCUCCCACGCACACUAUAUAUGAUCUAACGAACACAUAUAAGAGUCGAGUACGCUGAUUUGGGUGUGGGACUAUCACAAUCUCUUUUGUGAGGAGAGGAGAAUAAUAUAUCUUUCCGCAUUUUCACCUCCAACGCAAAAGUCUAGCGUGGAUGCGGAACUGACGAAGGUUGAAAAGGCGAAAACACAGUUUUAUAACGCUAUCACAAGAAGCUUCAA